AUGUCUAAGAGAGCAGCUUCGGAUGACUUGACUCAACAGUCUGGUAAUGGUGCGAUCAAGGUCGAUGAAAACUCCUUACCUCCAUGCGCCUCAGCCGGUAAAGAGAAUGACAUCGAGAUGGGAGACUAUGAAGAUCCUUAUGGUGAUGAAUUCGAAAGUGAAGGGGAGAUUGUGGAAAUUGACUCUGCUAAUGAAGAUGAAGACCUAGAUGCUGUAGAGAUUGAACGAAGAGAUAAGGAGGAGGAAAAGUCCGAGGAAGAACCAACGAUAUAUUUGCCUCAUAAAUCAAAGCCAUUGGGUCCUGAUGAGGUCUUGGAAGCAGAUCCCAGUGUCUAUGAGAUGCUUCAUAAUGUAAACUUGCCCUGGCCAUGUUUGACGCUUGAUAUUUUGCCAGACACUUUGGGAAAUGAAAGAAGGACCUAUCCAGCUUCUCUUUACGCUGCUACAGCCACUCAAGCAUCUCGAGGGAAGGAUAAUGAAUUGAUAGCUAUGAAGCUUUCAUCAUUGGCCAAAACUUUAGUGAAGGAUGAAAGUGAUGACGAGGAUGACGAGAAUGAAGAGGAUGACGAAGAUUGUGAUCCUAUAAUGGAUAGUGAGACUAUUCCACUCAGAUAUACUACUAAUAGACUUAGAGUAUCUCCACAUGCUUUGGAUACCGGAGAAUAUUUAACUUCAACUAUGUCUGAAAGUGGAGAGGUUUACAUUUUUGAUUUGGCACCACAAAUGAAGGCUUUCGAUUCUCCAGGAUCUCUGAUUCCAAAAUCCUCUAAGAGGCCACUUCAUACAAUAAAGGCCCAUGGAAAUGUCGAAGGUUAUGGAUUAGAUUGGUCGCCGUUGAUAAACACUGGAACAUUGUUAUCUGGUGAUUGCUCGGGAAGGAUAUACUUGACCAAAAGGACAACUUCAAGCUGGGUUACUGACAAAACUCCAUUUUUUGCAUCACAAUCUUCAAUUGAAGAUAUUCAAUGGUCUACCGGUGAAAGCACUGUAUUUGCAAGUGCAGGCUGUGAUGGAUAUGUCAGAAUUUGGGACACAAGGUCUAAGAAGCAUAAACCCGCCAUUUCAGUUGCAGCAAGCAAGACAGAUGUGAAUGUAAUAUCCUGGUCUAAUAAAAUCAACCACUUGUUGGCCUCGGGCCACGAUGAUGGUACAUGGGGUGUUUGGGAUUUGCGGAACUUUACGUCAGAAACACCUUCUCCCGUUGCACACUACGAGUUCCACAAAGCUCCUAUUACCUCAAUCUCAUUCAAUCCGCUAGAUGAAUCAAUCAUUGCUGUUUCAUCCGAAGACAAUACUGUCACGUUAUGGGAUUUAGCAGUAGAAGCAGACGACGAAGAAAUCACAAACCAGAGAAAAGAAUUAAAGGAACUCCAUGAUAUACCACCACAAUUGCUAUUUGUUCAUUGGCAGAAGGAUGUCAAAGAUGUUAGAUGGCACAAACAAAUUCCUGGCUGUUUGGUUUCGACAGGUGGGGACGGUUUGAAUGUAUGGAAGACCAUAUCCGUUUAA